AAUUCUACACCCUGAGCGACAGCCAGGGACAGCCCAACACAUUUCUGAUGCAGAACCUGAGGAGCUUGUUUAAAAUGUUCUCCUUGGAUGGGCUGAGAGGCGAUACCCUGAUAGAUGUUGGCUGUGGCCCCACCAUCUACCAGCUUCUGUCAGCCUGUGAGCACUUUCAGGAGAUCACUGCCUUGGACUACACGGACCAGAACCGGCGGGAGCUGGAGAAGUGGCUGAGGAAUGAAGCGGGAGCCUUCGACUGGAGACCAGUGGUGCAGUACGUGUGUGAGCUGGAAGGGGACAGGGAGAAGUGGGCUGAGAAAGAGGAGAAACUGAGAAAGAAGGUGAGGCAGGUUCUGAAGUGCAACGUGACCAAGGCCAACCUCGUGGCUGUGUCCCUGCCUCCCGCCGACUGCCUCCUCUCCACCCUCUGCUUGGAGGCCGCCUGCAAGGACCUGGCCACCUUCCGCUGCGCCCUGAAGAAUGUUGGUGCCCUGGUGAAGCCAGGGGGGCACCUGGUGAUGCUCACUGUCCUCCGGGAAACCUACUAUGCCUUCAACAAGCAGGUUUUCUCAUGCCUCCACCUGGAGAGAAGUGCUGUGGAGGAG